CCGGGUGUCCUCACCGGGACGUGAACCGGCGACCUUCUAGCUGUGAGGCCACGGUUCUACCUACUUGAGCCCAAAGUUAUAAACUUCUUCAGAAACGUGUUGGAUCUGUACUGAUUAUGAGCAUUAAUGGGAUUUCUCUCUUGCCUCCUCUUCUCAAGUCCACCACAAUAUGCUGUUAUCUUCUUGGAUCCGUUUGGCCCUCGGUCCAGUGAAGGCUCCUCAUUUCAUCUAAUGUGGAUUUGAAAGUUAUAGAUGCAGCUUUAUGAGUCUAACAUGGGUCCUGUCCAGUUUAGCUUCUUGUUCUCUGAGGACUUCUUCUUUCCUCUCCGUGGCGUGAUGACAUCUGUCUGACCUUAACUCUGAAGGACUCCAGCUGCUGUUUGUCUUUCAUGUCUGAUGUCCAUCAUUCAGUCUUUGACAGCGUCCAUUCUGACCACGUUUUAACAAAUGAGCAUUCUGUAGCUUUUACUUUGAAAACCCGGUGCAGGAAGUGUUCGCUGCUGACUGAACAGCUUCCUGUUGGCGUGAGCCCGGAAGUCCACGUCACUCUCGGGACGGAGAGAUCAGAACCGGACCGGCUCCGACAGAACUCCGGCUUGACGGUUUACCUUCGUGAUUCUCGACCCAACAUGGCGGACGAGGCCACGCGCAGGGCCGUGUCGCAGAUCCCGAUGCUGAAGACGCACGCGGGGCCGCGGGACCGCGCGCUGUGGCCGCAGCGGCUGAAGGAGGAGUACCAGGCGCUGAUCCGGUUCGUGGAGCAGAACAAGGCGGCGGACAACGACUGGUUCCGCCUCGAGUCCAACGCGGACGGCACGCGCUGGACCGGCACCUGCUGGUUCGUGCACGAGCUGCUGCGCUACGAGUUCCGGCUGGAGUUCGACAUCCCGGUGACGUACCCGGACACGGCGCCCGAGGUGGCGGUACCGGAGCUGGACGGGAAGACCGCCAAGAUGUACCGGGGCGGCAGGAUCUGCCUCACCGACCACUUCGCGCCGCUCUGGGCCCGGAACGCGCCGCGGUUCGGCCUGGCGCACCUCAUGGCGCUCGGACUCGGACCGUGGCUCGCCGUGGAGGUACCGGACCUGAUCGGUAAGGGGCUCGUGGUGCACAAGGAGCGGCCGCGCGAGGCGGCUGAGUGACGUCACUGAACCGAACACCUGGACACCGGAACCGGAGCUUUAAGAAGAAUCAGUAAGGUCAUUUAACAUUUGGACUCUGAAGAUGAAGGAGGUGGAACAUCUGGGCUGGUGCUGGUUCUGUGUUGAGCUCAGGGAGGAACACGUGACCCACAUGACUGAUGAGAGGACACGUGUUCGGUCCAAACGUCACUGUGAAGAUGGAACCUGAACUUUCAGCAGGUUGACUUCUGUAAGAAGGAAGCUGAUGAAGUCCAGCUGGUUCUGCAUGUGUUGGUUCAGCAGCUGGUGUCUGAUGAUGUUUAGAUGAUUACAGAUGUUCUGUUGAGGACAAAUAAAGACAGACUGUGGCUCAGCUCCUCUUUCAUUGGUCACUGACAUGAACAUGUGUUAGUAAUGAGGCAGGUGUGUUCAGCUCAGACUUUAUUGGUUCUGCUGCAGCUCAGACACAAUAAAAACAGUAAAAACGAA